AUGGGUGACGAAGUCGACGUGCUCUCCCUCAAACCUUUUCGCGAUGUCGUCGAGCACGCAAACACGGCCCUGGAAAAUGCUGGCGAUAAUGAGGUCAUGCGCAAAGCGGCCAAGAAGCUUCUCAGAGAAGGCGAAAAGGCAGUAAAGCUCAUUGAACCCCAGUGCACCAAGCGACACACUGAAUACGGAGACAACUUUCUUCACGCUCUUCGGGAGAAUGAAGAUAUCAAAGACCCUCGGGCGAAACUUGGCCGUCUAAUAUACGGCUUUGAUGAAUAUGUCGAGGAGGACGAAUUCGAAGCCGACAAGUAUACCGAACUGCAGGGUCUCACACGAGAGACUGCUCUAAAAAUGUACGAAAUUUUAAUCAGCAUGAAGCUCGAGGCGACCUUGCUCGGAGGCAACCUGCUAUAUUCAUUUCUCAACGAAUCUUCGCCGCCGUCUUCGCCCAUUCCUCCGCCCAACUUUCGUAUACCACCAACGCCUACUCGUUUGUCGGUCCAAAGCGCAACAUGCGCGCCAUCCAGCACACCAGCCGGCGCGCCGAUUUGCACCUUCCAGAACGUCUACUAUGCGAACGAAGAGCUCAAAAACUUUCGCGACAGACAGCCCAGCAGUGUGCUGGCUCCAGAAGACGAGCCAGUCGUCAGCCCCUCUCAGCGGACUUCGCCUCCUCAGCAGCCGCCGCCACUUCGGCCUCCUUCCGCCAACCCACGGAAUACAGCGGUAGCCGGAUCAAGCGAUGAAAUCGCAGUCGCUAUCGGAAGGGGACGACUCCCGUGCUGUCCACUGGUGGUGCCCGCCUCGCCGCAAAUUCCGCCUUCAACCUCAUCGCCAGUCAGCCCUGGCCAGCACCGGCUUAGCCCUGCUCUCCCGCGCCGCCCCAUAGGCUCAUCGUUUGAAGCGCAACCAGGGAGCCCCGAUGAAUAUCCUUAUGACGAAGCAGAAUGGCGCCGCCUCACGAACCAGCAGCAGUAUGACUAUCAGUCCCUUAGCCAGCAUUCGAGCCCGCUACAGCUCAACACAAUACUUAAGUCGUUCCCGCAGGAAGGUGCCUACAAUCACGGCACUCAUGGCUAUCAGUCGGUCCCAGGGACCAUCCAUACACAUCAUGGCCAUCAGGUGUCACUAGAAUCCGACUCAGUUGGCCACAAGCACGACCCGCACCGUGACACAUUCGGCAGCCUUCCACAGCGAGGCUCAAAACCAGGAUCUCUUCGCAGGCCUGUUUCCGAGAAUGCCAAAAGAUUGGGGACAAGCACCCGUAUCUAA